AUGGGCCUCGGUGGUAGCCGGAACCUGUGGAAGCGUCAGAAUCGACACUUUGGGCAUCUGCGUGGCGAGGACUACAGCUCCCUUGUCUUUGAUAAUCGCGGGGUGAGCAAGUCGGCCAAGCCAAAUUGCAGGUACAGCACCUUGGAUAUGGCAAAGGACCUCGUCGAACUACUGAGGCACAUUGGCUGGCUCGAUACUGAUUCUCAUUACUACCCGCGAGACUUGAACAUUGCAGGAAUCAGCUUAGGUGGCAUGAUUGCGCAAGAAAUUGCCCUUCUGAUACCUCAACGAUUGCAAUCGCUGAUCCUCAUCUCUACUGCUCCCCGCCUGAUUCGAACCGUUCACACAUUCGAGCAUAUGAAACAACGAGUCACCAUGUUUCUUCCCACAGCAGUUGACGUAGAGCUCAAGAACAAGGCCAGUAGGCUGUUCACUAGGAGGUAUCUCAAUGCGCCGGACACCGGAUCCCUGGACCCAGAAAAGACGUUUCCCACCAACCUUGACCGCUUUGUGGCAGAGGAACUCGCAGAGCGUUGCGAAGAUACCGAAUUUUCUCGGAGAAAAGGCGUCGUGCUACAGGCUAUUGCCGCUGGAUGGCACCACAAGAGCGACGCAGAUCUCGCAAGAAUAGGGGACGAAGUAGGCAGGACCCGAAUCUUGGUGAUGCACGGGACUUUUGACGAAACCAUUACCUUUCCGCAUUUUGAGCUAAUCAAGGCUGCGUUGGGAGACGGGCCGGAGUACAUUGCUUGGAAAGACUGUGGCCAUGUGCCGUUGUGGGAAAGAGAGGAGGAAUUCAACGAGACCAUGUUCGUGCAAUUCUUUUUGCUAGCGCCGGCCCUGGCAGCUGCAGCCAUUGACAGAAAAGCUAUCGUAGAGUCUUUCAAUAUAGUGCGAACAGAGGUGCCUAAAGUCAUAGACAAUACCACAACACCUCUUCAAGUUGGAAAUGGAGACUUUGCGUUCAAUUUUGACAUCACAGAAAAGCUGGAAGACUAUGCGGGGGUCCCUGUAGUUACGCAUGGAAGAGAAGUUAUCUACGACCUUGAAGAUCCGAAGCUGCCAGAAAUUUCGAAAUGGUUGAGUGCCAACCCCAACCGCAUCAAUCUUGGCCGCAUCAGCUUGAGUUAUAAGAACGAGACGCUAUCAUCGAUCACGGAACCCCGCCAAGUCCUUGACCUCUGGAACGGUGUUACCACUUCGUCGUUCAAGGUCGAUGGUGAGGAUGUAAAAGUGGUUACUCAAGGCGAUUUUGACACUGACUCCGUUACUUUCGACAUCGAGUCCGUAUUGAUCUUUGAAGGAACCCUUCGAGUCGAAUUUGACUUUCCGUUUCCUCCAAUCCACAAGGUUGAGAAGACAUCAGACUUUGAGGUGUUCAUGGGAAGCUACCGAUUCCCGGACAAUCACACGACUUCUAUUGUUAAACCCGAAAUUGAUUCUGAUGACACAGCUCAUAUCCAUCACACAAUGCAAGAAACGCAAUACUACCAGAACUUGCGGUGGCCCAAGGAAUCACCAUUGACUUUGAGAAGAAUUGGGAAACAGAAUUCUAACACGACUAAUGCGCAUCGCUAUGGACUGUUCCCAGCCGCCUUCGGAAAAAAUGUUACCAGAGCGAAUGGAUUGUCCUUCACUGCCCAGUAUAGUCUCAAGCUUCAAAGACCGUCACUGCCCUCCUCAAUUCGCCGGCGGAACAGUCUUGAUUGGCAGAGGUACUGGCAAGAAGGGGGGUUUGUAGAUCUCACCCAGUCGUCGAACCCAAACGCGACGGAGCUCCAGCGACGCAUCAUACUCUCCCAAUACGCGAUGAGAAUCAACAGCGCAGCCACUGGCCAGCCACCACAGGAAAGUGGUCUGGUGUAUAACGGGUGGUGGGGCAAGUUUCACAUGGAGAUGGUCGUUUGGCAUUGUGCUCAUUGGGCGACUUGGGGAAGAUCAAAAUACUUUGAUCGGAUAUUCCCUGCUGUCUAUGAGGAUCUCCUGCCUAGCGCUGAGGCAAGAGCCCGUCGCAUGGGAUGGGAUGGCGCAAGAUGGCCCAAGAUGACGGAGCUUGUUACCAAGGGCAUCGCUCCUGGAGAGACCAGGGCGUAUCUUCAAUGGCAGCAACCACACCCCAUCUAUCUUGCCGAACUAGCCUACAAAGCCAACCAAAGCAGGGAGACUCUCCAACAAUGGGACCGUACCAUCACGUCAACUGCCCAGUACAUGGCAUCGUUCGCUUGGUUCAACAACGCGAGUGGCAAAUAUGAUUUAGGACCACCUAUUCAGGGUGUCACGGAGAAUUCGUCCCCUACAGAGAUUUCUAACUUGGCCUACGAGCUUGCUUACUGGCAAUGGGCUCUCAAUGCAGCGUGCAACUGGAAAAAGAGAUUUGAACAAGAUUGCCCCUCAGCGUGGUCUAGAGUGGCAGAGAAUAUGGCAUCCCCUCCUGAGUAUGAUGGCCUGUUCGCUCCCUGGAUCGGCGGCGGCGUAAAUGCAUCCUGGUGGGAUAACCCUCAGCUCAACAAAGAUCCUAGAAGCGUCAUCAUGUUGCAAGGCAUGGUACCCGACACCCCACUGGUCCAUCUCCACCGCCCUAUUUCCCUGGAAACGGGGGGUUCCUCUUAG